CCACCUCAGCCUCCCAAAGUGCUGGGAUUACAGGCAUUAGCCACUGCACCCGGCUAAGAGGUAGUUUUAUUGCUAAAAUGAACAUAUAGUGAGCCGGUAUGCCACAGUGCUUCUCUCUAGAGUGUUGUUGAUGGCUGGCCUUUCCAAAUCCAAUUAUGUUGAUUAAAUUAUGUUCUACUAUAAAGUUCCCCAGAUGAUGGAAAAAUGAGUGAACCAAAGGGUGGUAGCAUUGCUUCAACGAAAAGAGCCCAAGUGCAAAACAUGCUUUUUAUAUGUGCGUCGGGAAGGGUGCCUCUGUUGCAAACGUUUCAGUGUAGUUUAGGGUCAUAUCCCUAGUGCAUGCAGGUGAAUGAGAGGCAUCUAGAAUGGCGCUUCGGCCUUAAAAAAGGUUUAGAAAUUCUUGGCAGUGGACGCAAAGUUGCUAGACUAGAUCAGAGACCACUGUUUUGCGAACCUCAGUUUCCUUGUUUGUAAAAUAGUUGAACUAAAUCUUGACCCUUCAAUGCUUGCUUUGAAAUUCAAGGCAAAAAACGCUUGCAGGCGCCCUUACUUCCGUGUUACUUCAUGCUCCUCUUGCGCUUGCGCUGUUUCCUUGGAGCAGAGGCGGGGCCAACAAGCCUGUUUUAGAAGCUCUCCAGUCCUUAGCUCGUUUAGAACACAAGGCUCCAAGCUUAUUGGAGGGCCAUUUUGCCUUACGGCUCCAAGCCGCUUUUUACGGCAUUUUUCAGCUCGCCUUUCACUUCGCUGUGAAGAUGGCGUCGGGCAGCGGGACAAAAAACUUGGACUUUCGCCGAAAGUGGGACAAAGAUGAAUACGAGAAACUCGCCGAGAAGAGGCUCACAGAAGAGAGAGAAAAGAAAGAUGGAAAACCAGUGCAGCCUGUCAAGCGAGAGCUUUUACGGCAUAGGGACUACAAGGUGGACUUGGAAUCCAAGCUUGGGAAGACAAUUGUCAUUACCAAGACAACCCCUCAAUCUGAGAUGGGAGGAUAUUACUGCAAUGUCUGUGACUGUGUGGUGAAGGACUCCAUCAACUUUCUGGAUCACAUUAAUGGAAAGAAACAUCAGAGAAACCUGGGCAUGUCUAUGCGUGUGGAACGUUCCACCCUAGAUCAGGUGAAGAAACGUUUUGAGGUCAACAAGAAGAAGAUGGAAGAGAAGCAGAAGGAUUAUGAUUUUGAGGAAAGGAUGAAGGAGCUCAGAGAAGAGGAGGAAAAGGCCAAAGCAUACAAGAAAGAGAAACAGAAGGAGAAGAAAAGGAGGGCUGAGGAGGACUUGACAUUUGAGGAGGACGAUGAGAUGGCAGCUGUGAUGGGCUUCUCUGGCUUUGGUUCCACCAAGAAGAGUUACUGAGGCUUUCUAUGCUUGGCCUAACUUUGGCCUAUGCUGGACCUAACUUUGUUUGUGUGUGUGUAGUCAGGGGUCAUUUCUUUUUGGGUAAUGGGAAAGUUCUUAAGAGUGUCAAUGGGGAGGGAUAGAGGGUGGGGGCUCAUGGUUUCCCUCUACUUUGGGAGAGGGCACAGAUUGCAGAGGUAAUGCUGUGGCAUAUUGCUUCAGCCCCAGUACAUCACUGGAUUCAUAGGACCCCUGCCCACCUGAGUUCCCAGUAAAGAAAAACCUCCCCUUCUGAGGCUGCUUUCCCAAAACUCCCCCUGCAUCUUUAUCUCUCCAUCUAUCCAACCUCUUGUCUGAGCAUCCCACCUUUAUCCUGUGUUCUGCCUUUGUUUUAAUUUUAACUCAUGUUCAUCCUGCAACAGAAGCAUUCUCUAGGUCCCAGUUUCCAGUUGAUUGCAUAUCCUUGACCAGCCCUUUUUCCCAUCCCGCCCUAUGGUUCUCUAGCCACCUGUGCAUGCAUGUGUAUUUCUGCCUGGUUCUAUGGUGUGUGGAUGUGUGUGCAUGAAUCUGUCACAUAGAGGGGGUCCGAGCUGGAAUCCUAGAGCAUUGCUGCCCUGGGGCCUGAUGUUCUUGGCUUCCUCAGAGCAUGUAACAGGAAAUUAAAUGGGAUGAGUGUUUGGUGGGGUUUGUGUCUGAUGAGUUUUUUUUAACAUUCAGGUGUAGAUUGUUCCAGCUUUUCUUGUUUCAUUUUCCUGAAGAUUUAUGUUUUUGUCUUCCUUGUGAGCAGGCUUUUGGAAGAACCUGUUUGAUGCAAAAAAGAAAAUGAAAAACAAAACAAAACAAAAAAUCCCCAAAACCUUACUAUGGGAGCCCUUGGGUCUUAGAAGCUGUUCAACAUGUAUAAUAAAUGGCAUUGACUGGGCCUGUUUUA